UAGAUCGACAGGUCCGAUACAAAAAGCGAACCAUUUCAGUAGCGAAUCCCCCAAUUCUCACUCCAUUCUUCCUUUUUUCUCAUCCCCAAACUCCCUCUCCCCACCCAUAAUCCUGCUUCCCAAUAGGGUUUGUAAAACCCUAACUUUGAUUUUUCGAUUGAUUCCUCCCAUCCCGCAGAUCCGAGCUCCUUUCCAGUGUUCGUAUCACGAAGCUAUGGCGACCUUGGUGAGCUCGGCGGGUGGGCUUUUGGCGAUGCUUAAUGAGAGCCAUCCUUUGCUCAAGCUCCAUGCUCUGUCGAAUCUCAACAAUUUGGUCGACAAUUUCUGAAAGCUUAUAUGAAGAUGAGGAAUUCGAUCAGCAUCAGAGACAACUAGCAGCGCUACUUGUUUCAAAGGUCUUCUAUUACUUGGGUGAACUUAACGACUCCCUAUCUUAUGCGCUUGGAGCUGGUUCACUUUUUGAUGUUUCUGAGGAUUCUGAUUACGUUCAUACUCUUCUCGCUAAAGCUAUAGAUGAAUAUGCUAGUCUCAAGUCAAAGGCAGCAGAAGCAAACGUAGACGGGACAAUGGUUGAUCCUAGGUUGGAGGCAAUUGUGGAGAGAAUGCUUAAUAAGUGUAUCACGGAUGGGAAAUACCAACAAGCUAUGGGCAUUGCAAUUGAGUGCCGAAGAUUGGACAAAUUAGAGGAGGCAAUCACAAAGAGUGAUAACGUUCAUGGAACUCUAUCCUACUGCAUAAACGUUUCACACUCAUUUGUUAACCUUAGAGAAUAUAGACAUGAGGUUCUUCGUCUUCUCGUCAAAGUAUACCAGAAGCUGCCCUCUCCAGAUUAUUUGAGUAUUUGUCAGUGUCUUAUGUUCUUGGAUGAACCUGAAGGUGUUGCAAGCAUAUUGGAAAAGCUUCUUCGAUCUGAAAACAAGGACGAUGCUCUUCUAGCAUUUCAAAUAGCCUUUGAUCUCAUAGAGAAUGAGCACCAGGCAUUUUUACUGAAUGUGAGGGAUCGACUUUCAAACCCCAAGCCUGAACCUUCAGCGACGGCAGCACAGCCAAGUCCGAGCCUGGAGUCUGCUAGUGCUCAAAAUGAGAGUUCUCCCGUUCCUGAGGAUGCUCAAAUGACUGAGGGAAGUACUGCCCCUAAUUUGAAUGUACAAGAAGUAGAUCCAAAGGAGGCAGUGUAUGCUGAGAGAUACACGAAAAUCAAGGGAAUUCUAUCAGGAGAAACAUCAAUACACUUGACCCUACAAUUCUUAUACAGUCACAACAAAUCGGAUCUUCUCAUUUUGAAGACAAUAAAGCAAUCUGUGGAGAUGAGAAAUAGUGUCUGUCAUAGUGCUACAAUUUAUGCUAAUGCAAUCAUGCAUGCUGGAACAACUGUGGAUACAUUUCUCCGUGAGAAUUUGGACUGGUUGAGCAGGGCCACAAACUGGGCUAAAUUUAGUGCCACAGCCGGGCUUGGUGUUAUUCACAGAGGCCAUCUACAGCAGGGAAGAUCUCUUAUGGCACCAUACUUGCCACAAGGUGGGGCUGGUGGCGGUGGCAGUCCUUACUCAGAAGGUGGUGCCCUUUAUGCUCUAGGUCUUAUUCAUGCCAACCACGGGGAAGGCAUCAAACAGUUCCUUCGAGAUAGCCUACGCAGUACUAAUGUAGAGGUUAUACAACAUGGUGCUUGCUUGGGUCUUGGUUUGGCAACUCUAGGAACUGCUGACGAAGAGAUUUAUGAUGACAUCAAGAGUGUGCUAUACACGGACAGUGCAGUUGCUGGUGAAGCUGCUGGCAUUAGUAUGGGCUUACUUAUGGUUGGUACAGCUAGUGAGAAAGCUAGUGAGAUGCUUGCCUAUGCACAUGAGACACAGCACGAGAAAAUCAUCCGGGGCCUAGCGUUGGGGAUAGCCCUCACAGUUUAUGGAAGAGAAGAAGAAGCAGAUACCUUAAUUGAGCAGAUGACUCGAGAUCAAGACCCUAUAAUACGUUAUGGUGGCAUGUAUGCAUUAGCAUUGGCAUACCGAGGUACAGCAAACAACAAGGCAAUCCGGCAGUUGCUUCAUUUUGCUGUAUCCGAUGUGAGUGAUGAUGUUCGGAGGACGGCUGUUCUUGCCCUUGGGUUUGUCCUCUAUUCAGAGCCUGAGCAGACGCCUCGAAUUGUCUCCUUGCUGUCUGAAUCUUACAACCCACAUGUUCGAUACGGUGCCGCUCUUGCAGUGGGCAUAUCUUGCGCGGGUACUGGCCUGAGUGAGGCUAUAUCCCUGCUGGAGCCCCUGACAUCGGAUGUUGUAGAUUUUGUUCGACAAGGCGCACUUAUUGCAAUGGCUAUGGUCAUGGUUCAGAUUAGCGAAGCCAGUGAUUCCCGUGUUGGAGCAUUCAGGCGACAAUUGGAGAAAAUAAUUCUGGACAAGCAUGAAGACACCAUGAGCAAGAUGGGAGCAAUCUUGGCAUCAGGAAUUUUAGAUGCUGGUGGGAGGAAUGUUACCAUAAGGUUGUUGUCUAAGACCAAACAUGACAAAAUCACUGCCGUUGUUGGUCUUGCUGUUUUCAGCCAGUUUUGGUAUUGGUAUCCCCUCAUCUACUUCAUCAGCUUGGCGUUCUCGCCUACGGCAUUUAUAGGACUGAAUUAUGACUUGAAAGUUCCGAAAUUUGAAUUCCUGUCGCAUGCAAAACCGUCACUAUUUGAGUAUCCUAAACCAACCACCGUGCCCACUGCCACGUCUGCUGUGAAACUUCCAACUGCGGUUUUGUCGACUUCAGCCAAGGCUAAAGCCAGGGCUAAGAAAGAAGCUGAACAGAAGAGCAAUGCUGAAAAAUCAGCUGUGGCGGAAUCUUCUUCUGCAGGUUCUAAUCCGGCCAAAGGAAAAUCAUCCAGUGAGAAGGAUGGAGAAUCUAUGCAGGUUGACAACCCACCCGAGAAGAAAACAGAACCUGAGCCAUCUUUUGAAAUUCUGACCAACCCAGCCAGAGUGGUUCCUGCUCAAGAAAAGUUCAUCAAAUUUUUGGAGGAAAGCAGAUAUGUGCCAGUGAAGUUGGCACCUUCCGGUUUUGUUCUACUGAGAGACUUGCAACCUUCCGAACCCGAGGUCCUCUCUCUAACAGACACACCAUCAUCCACAGCAUCGCCUGCCAGUGGCUCGGCAACUGGGCAGCAAGGUUCAGGAUCAGCCAUGGCCGUAGAUGAGGAGCCUCAGCCACCCCAGCCUUUCGAAUACACCACAUGAUCAUCCUACUUGAUCCGUUUUCAACUCGGUAUUGAUCUCAUCUUUGCCAGAAGGAAUUGCAGAGCAAUCUGGGGACAGGUAAAAUGCAAGAAUACUAUUUCGAGUUAGGUUACCUCGAUGUGCUACCGAGGAUCUCGAGGACUCCCAAUAUAUGAACUGGAUUUCUUUCUUUUCCUUGUAUUAAUGUUUCAAAUUCUAGGAAGAUGGGAAUGGGGGAUUUAUGUAUGGAAAGCUGCAGUCCCUCGAACUAUUUUGUAAUCGAGACAUUAUUAUCGCCGCCGGGCAGUGUUUCGGUCUCGGUGGCCGAAGAGCUCAGUGAUACUUCUCUACCUCUAGUUUAGUUCUGUUCCCCCCAUCUGCUUUCCAUCUUCAGAAAAAUGGUGGAACUCUACCAGUUCUGCAAUUCAAACAGUAGUAUAAGGUGGUGUAAUGCCCUUGACAUUUAAGAUAUUAUUGAUGUGAUUUCUUUGUUUGAUAUUCUACUUU